AUGACCACCGACCAACCUCGCCCUCCGAUAUGCCGAUGUCGGGACCACCAGAAAACACUCAGUGUGUUGGCGGUGUUCAUUGAUCGUGCGUACAUCCUAUCACCGCGUUACGAGGUUUUAAAGGAGCCGACAGGACUGGAACGGAUAGACGUUCCGGUGUGCACAUGCACGUCUGCGGCGAUGAAUAUACUUGCUCGUGGACUUUUUCCCUGUGCACCUCAAGCCCCAUCCGUGGCGUUUGAUUUGAAUAUGCUUGAGCUCAUUGCUACGCUCUUCGUGAAUACUCCGCCCAAUAUCACCGCGUGGGCAACAACCUUGGAGUGUUUUCUGGGCGUACGAAAGCACCGGGUCACAUCACGGGAUUCAUUGCGAAGGCGAUUUGGCAACGCGCUCAAUUGGUACAACUACCUUAUUGAUUGCGUGCGGCAACGGACCUUAGAGGCUGUGGAACGUUCAAGGUGUAUUCUAUCGAAACGACAAGUUCACGCGAUCAUAGAAUCUGGCGGUGAGUCAAAGCCUUGUACCUUAGUAUGA